GCUGCGGGCCAGGUGCGGGAGGGUGUCCGGAAGCCGACGCCGCCGGGAGGAGCGGGACGAGAUGCUGGAGACCCUGCGCGAACGGCUGCUGAGCGUGCAGCAGGAUUUCACCUCCGGGCUGAAGAAUUUAAGUGACAAAUCAAGAGAGGCUAAAGUGAAAAGCAAGCCCAGGACUGUUUCAUAUUUGCCAAAGUAUUCUGCUGGGUUAGAAUUACUUAGUCGGUAUGAAGAUACGUGGGCUGCACUUCACAGGAGAGCCAAAGAAUGUGCUGGUGCUGCAGAGCUGGUGGAUAGUGAAGUGGUGAUGCUGUCAGCUCACUGGGAGAAAAAGAAGACGAGUCUUCUAGAGUUACAGGAGCAGCUUCAGCAGCUGCCCGGCUUACUAGCAGAUUUAGAAUCCAUGACUGCGAAUCUGACUAAUUUAGAAGCUAGUUUUGAGGAGAUCGAAAACGACUUGUUAAAUCUAGAGGAUCUGUGUGGCCAGUGUGAGUUGGAAAGAUACAAGCACUUGCAGGCCCACCAGCUGGAAAAUUACAAGAAAAAUAAGAGGAAGGAACUGGAAGCCUUGAAAGCUGAACUAGAUGCGGAGCAUGCCCAGAAGGUUCUAGAAAUGGAGCACACCCAGCAGAUGAAGCUAAAGGAGCGGCAGAAGUUCUUUGAGGAGGCUUUCCAGCAGGACAUGGAGCACUACCUCUCCACGGGCUACCUGCAGAUCGCCGAGAGAAGAGAGCCCACAGGUAGCAUGUCAUCCAUGGAGGUGAAUAUCGACGUACUGGAGCAGAUGGACCUGAUGGACAUUUCUGACCAGGAGGCCCUGGACGUCUUCCUCAACUCAGGGGCAGAGGAAAAUGUGGCCCUGUCCCCUGGCUCAGGGCCUGACUCAAAGCUGGGACAGAAUGAAAUCAGUCUGCAGGUUCCAAGCCCCACCCAACCUCCAGCCCCAUCACAGCCCCUGGCCACUGCCCAGGACCCCGGGGAAGGUGGGGAACGCCCAGCGGUGCAAUCGGACGAAGAGGGUGUGGAGGUGGACACAGCGCUCGCCACCUCUCCUACCACCGACAGCGACUCCUGAGCGCAACCGCCGAGGGCAGGGCCUGCCGCAGACUGAGUCACUCGUGCCAGGGGCAUGCACCAUGCUGCCAAUAAAGUCUGAGGACUGGC